AUGUCUCGUCCAUUGACCCCUGUUAGGAGUUGCCAAGCCACCAAUAGACUGGUUGACUCUGCUCGCUUCGCAGGCUCCCUUGUGGGACAAGUGGCUCUAGUGACCGGAGCAAGUCGUGGAAUUGGCAGGGCGAUUGCUUUCGCAUUGGCGAACGCAGGUGCCCACGUCGUAUGCGUUGCCAGAACAGUCCAGGAUAUCUGGGAGACAGCAAACGAAAUUUCAGCCCAGACGGGAAUUGAAUCAUUGGCCAUCGCUGCAGAUGUUUCCAUUCUUGAGGAUAUUGAUUAUGCACUCCAACUAAUAAGACAAAAAUUUGGUCGGAUUGACAUUCUCAUCAAUAAUGCUGGGAUAUGCCGUAUUGGCCCCCUUGGCUGUGAGCCGGAUUUCAAUGCCUGGUGGCGGGUCCUUGAGGUCAACCUACGUGGGCCGGCCGCCCUCAUCCAUCGAGUCCUUCCUGAAAUGCUCCAUCGAGAUCGGGGGGUCAUCAUUAGCAUUGGAAGUCGAAAUGCGAUCCACAAUUUUCCAUUCUUAACCGCCUAUAGCGCCGCAAAGACAGCCUUACUUAGAGUACACCAAUGUCUAGAUAUGGAAAUCACCGAUUCGGGUAUACGGCACUUUUAUUUGCAACCGGGAGAUGUGCCCACUUCCCUAAUAGACAAUGCCGUGAACCUCGAAGCCCUUGAAACAAUACCAGCCUUGCAAGAGAUGAUCAAUUCAAUACAGUCUGUCUUUAGUGGACCCGAUGCAUGUUCACCGCAAGUUGCUGGAGAUGCAUGCGUUGUGCUAGCUGCGGAUUCAGAUUCUCAAGCGUUGAGCGGUAUGUAUCUCGAUGUCGAUAAAUUGAGUCUGCAUCUGGAACAGGCCAAGAAAGAGUGUAAAUCUAAGCGGAUCUAA